AGCGGAUAAUCGUGUCCGCGGACAGAUCGGUGUCCCAGCAGUCAUGGCGGAGUACAGCCAGGCCGGCCUCCUGGCUGCUGUGCUCCUGUUCACGGCCCUCACGGUCCGGGACGUUUAUGUCGGGAGAUCGAGCCCGCAGCGCGGACAGCAGCAGGCCGACAGCCGCGGCCUUUCCCCGGACACUCUGCCGGACACAGAGCCCGGGAAACCCGCCAAACCCGCCCUGUACAGCGGGCCCGUGCUCCGGUUCCAGUACUGUAUCUCCUGAGGUUACAGUAAAGUGUUCCAGGAGUACUCUCGAGCCAUCAGCCAGCUGUACCCGGACAUCCGCAUCGAGGGAGAAAACUACCCCCCCACCCCCUUCAACAGGUGUUUCGGGAACCUGAUCUCCUACCUGAAGCUCCUUGCCAUCAUGCUCAUUGUCAGUGGUCAGAACCCCUUCCUCCUCCUCGGCCUCGACACUCCCAGAGCCUGGACCUGGAGUCAGGACAACAAGAUCUUCUCCUGUCUGAUGGCCUUCUUCCUCUGCAACAUGAUGGAGACUCACUUCCUGUCUACAGGAGCCUUCGAGAUCACUCUCAACGACGUCCCGCUGUGGUCGAAGCUUCAGUCGGGUUACGUUCCGAACAUUCAGGAGAUCUUCCAGAUCCUCGACACCCACCUGAAGAUGAACCAGGUGGAGCCAAUGAGCUUCUCAUCUACAUAGAGCUACACAGCCGUGCUGCGUUCAGGAGUCCCGGCUCAGUGGGACUUUCAGCCGUUGGCGUUCAUGAAGGUUCGGCCUUAAAGCAGACUCUGCGAGGCCAAGCCGGAUGUCCCCUGCCAUGGAAGGAGCGCUCCCUCUGCGUCGGACCCCAGCUCAGCACUACAGUACCCAUAAUGCACCAGUCAGCAGCGGUGCCCCCAGACUCUACUGGACUCUACUGGUUUCUGUUGGUUUUAUUUAUUUAGUUUGAGGUUUAAAAUACGGUACCAUUGUUAGCUUCAUGCUAAUUCGCCUCCGUCUGUACAGGAAGUUAGCUUCAUGCUAAUUAGCCUCCGUCUGUACAGGAAGUUAGCUUAAUGCUAAUUAGCCUCUGUCUGUACAGGAAGUUAGCUUAAUGCUAAUUAGUCUCUGUCUGUACAGGAAGUUAGCUUCACGCUAAUUAGCCUCUGUCUGUACAGGAAGUUAGCUUCACGCUAAUUAGCCUCCGUCUGUAUAGGAAGUUAGCUUCACGCUAAUUAGCCUCUGUCUGUACAGGAAGUUACCUUAAUGCUAAUUAGCCUGUGUCUGUACAGGAAGUUACCUUAAUGCUAAUUAGCCUCCGUCUGUACAGGAAAUUAGCUUCAUGCUAAUUAGCCUCCAUCUGUACAGGAAGUUAGCUUCAUGCUAAUUAGCCUCUGUCUGUACAGGAAGUUAGCUUCAUGCUAAUUAGCCUCUGUCUGUACAGGAAGUUAGCUUCAUGCUAAUUAGCCUCUGUCUGUACAAGUGAUGAAUAAUUAAAAUCUGGUUAAGUUUGAAUGAAAGUCUGAAAGAAAUAAAAAUAAAACUCAUCAACAUGAAAACAA